GCCGCGCGGGCGGGCUCCACCCACGUGCGGCGGAGCGAGCACACAUCCCGCACGUAGCUGGCGUAUUAAUCAGCGCGGGGCCAUCUGCCGACCCGGCUGUGUCGUGGGCGGGGGUCGUCGGCUCAGCUUCCCGCACCUUGUUCGAGCUCCUGCAGCACCGCCGGGACGGGCGCAGCUCAGCCCGCCGCGGCGGAGAAACUUUCCUCUCGCCUUACUUCGCCUGGCCCCGCACCGCGGCGGAGCUCCCGUCUGGCUCGGGCUGGAGUCCGCGGCGGCCCGGAGGGCAUCGCCUCCCGACGCGGGCGCCGUCAGGGCAGCGGCGCGCCCGUCCGUCCCCGCCGCGCCAUGCCGCUGGGGCACAUCAUGAGGCUCGACCUGGAGAGAAUCGCCCUGGAGUAUGUCGUGCCCUGCUUGCACGACAUCGGCUUCUGCUACCUGGACAACUUCCUGGGGGAGGUGGUCGGGGACUGUGUGCUGGAGCGGGUGAAGCGGAUGCAUCGCGACGGGGAGCUCGCUGACGGGCAGCUGGCCGGCCCCAGCCGCGGCGUGGCCAAGCGGCACCUCCGCGGCGACCAGAUCAAGUGGAUCGGCGGCACGGAGGAGGGUUGCGAGGCCAUCAACUUCCUCCUCACGCUGAUAGACCGGCUGGUGAUGUACUGCGGGAGCCGGCUCGGCAAGUACUACGUGAAGGAGCGAUCCAAGGCUAUGGUUGCUUGCUAUCCUGGAAAUGGAACUGGGUAUGUUCGUCAUGUGGACAAUCCAAAUGGCGAUGGUCGCUGCAUCACCUGUAUUUAUUACCUGAAUAAGAACUGGGACUCCAAGCUUCAUGGUGGAAUUCUCCGGAUAUUCCCAGAAGGAAAGUCCUAUGUAGCAGAUGUUGAGCCGAUUUUUGACAGAUUACUUUUUUUUUGGUCAGAUCGAAGGAACCCACAUGAAGUUCAGCCUUCUUAUGCAACCAGAUAUGCCAUGACUGUGUGGUAUUUUGAUGCCGAAGAAAGAGCAGAAGCCAAAAAGAAGUUCAGGAACUUAACCGAUGCAAGGAAGAGAGAAGCACCUCUUAAUGAAGACUAAUAACUGUUCCUGAGCUCUUUGUGAGGAAAUAAGAUCCCAAAGAUGACUUCCAUUUCCAGCGAACAAGGGCAAAUUCUUGUUAUGCACGAGAACACACUGGUUGUGUCUAGCAUGUGCAUCUUACACUGAUGGUACUUACGGCAGCCUUCUGUCAUGUGUGUAUCUGGCAGAAGGAGCACUUGUUUUCUAUUUGCCUUUUGCUGGAAAAAGUAACCAGGGUUAAAGAGUAAGAAAAAAGAGUAUCAAUAAGUAGUGGCUCAGCCAACUGGCUUUUGAUCGCUCUUGUAGCCAAGGUAACAAUCUUUGGAACUAGUGAUAAAAUACUGAGUCUUAUUUGCACUUUAUGUUGGGGGGGAAUCUAGCUCAAUGGAAAGGAGCUUUACAAGUUUAAAAUCUGUGGCAGACUGCUAAUGGGCAAGGAAAGAUAGUGGAAAUCUGAAAUUAAAUUGGAUCUUUGUAGAGUGUCAUCUUAUGGUCUGUUCCCUGUGGGCCUGUUCAUGUACUGCUCAUCACUUUGCUGUGCAGAGCAUUGGCUCAGCUUUUUGAUAGCAUGACUUUCCAAACAAAUUUUUGUCUGCACAGUCAUUGCAUUUCCUGGAAUUUGUUUGCUUUUCAAGAGUCAAGUUCUAGCUGUGCAGUUGCACUGUCCUUUCUGUCCCAGGAUGGAGGGGGACUUAGUUAUGCAUCUGUCCACAACUUUGUAAAACCAUUUCCUUCCUGUUCUGAGUGGGAUGGGUUGUAUUUUCAUGGUUUGGUAAAGGAGCUGUUUUCUCCCAAAAGUUUGGUGAACUUGGAAGACUGAUGGCACACAACGUGUUAGCACUAAAGGCCAAUGAUAAAUAGAGUUAAGUGUUAUUUUCAUGACUUCUCCAUCUACUAUGUUUUGUACGACACAGGCAUGAACCUGAAAGGAAAAGUAUGUCUGGCUGUCUGACAAGUGUAUGAUAAAUAAUGGGUAACUUAGACUUUAUUUCUGUGCUGCUUAUCCUUAGUUAACACACUUGUUUAACUUCGCAUGUGUAUGUAAUUUACAUGAAACAGCAAUUCAGAUCUGUCACACCAGAUAACUACUUCUGCUGUGCCCAAGCUGUGAGAUCAGUUAUUCAAAUGGCAAAGCACAGGUUUUGUUUUUUUUUUUGUCUCAUUUUUUUUUAACUUACUAGACUCAAAGAGUAACUGGUGAGCUAUCUUCAGUCUGCCUAAGCUUCUGUGACCAGCACUUACUAUGCAGUUCAGAAUAGCUGUUAAUGAAGCUGGGAGCUGGCAGUGGAUGUAUUUAUGACUCACAUAAUUGUUCUCAACCUAAUGCACAAGACAAAAAUGAAUGCGAGUUGAGUGUGUGUCAGACCCUACUAAAUGUUCCAGACAGACGCCCUCUUCAGUGCCCUGUGUUGCUGUGCCACCAGCCUGCAGUGGGAAAAGUGGUCUGUCUGAACCGCCAGCCCCUGCACCACUUCACCAUACAAAGCCAGGCUGUUGUGGUAGUGAUGGGUCUGCAGGCUAGCUCUGUUGCACUUGAGCUGGGGAAUGAAAAGGUAGUGUGCAAUGGCAGCUAUUAAACAUCAGUAACAGAAGGGUAAUGGCUGCUUAGGACAGAAAAAAGACCCCAAAACUUUCAUGACAUAACAAAUAUUAAUAGAAGUGGAGGUUUUUUUAGCAGUUCUCUCUCAGAGAGAGAGAGAGAAAAAAAAAAAAAAAAAAGAGCUGGGCAUCCUUCAGCCUGUCCUUGAAUUUUGAAUGUAAGUACAGUAGUGCUAAGAAACCCCUCAUUCUCUCUGGCUUCUCCCAGAGAUCCAGCUAUGGUCUUAUGGGCUGGACUUCUACCUGACCAUUAUGCACCUUAAGAGAGCAAUAUGAGGGAACAUGUGACAUAUAUUCUUACAAUUCAAGACUAGAAAAAGGUGAAUAAUCUGAUAAAUGUCCUUUAACGUUAGGAAAAAUAUUAUUCUACUACAGUUGCUUCUAAGUAACACAACAUAGACUUGAACAAAACUUGACAAUAACUUGAAAUUCUCAUUCUGCAAUGUUCAUGUGGGAGGAGAAAGAGUUGAGGCUCUUCCCUGAGAGUGAGGUAACCCUCUGAAAGAUGGGAGGUGUUGAAAUGGGGGGCUCACAGGAUUAUUAUUUAAAAAAUGGGGUGCGUGGGGAAAGCUGACCUUUUCUAUUGCUAUGCAAAGUUGAAAAUGGCAUGUAAAUUUAACUCUUCUACACGAUUUUAAAAGGGGCAAAGACAGCUAAACCAGAGCAGAGCAAGGCUUGCUUUGCUGUUAGAAACUGUAACCUUAAAAACAUGCACUAGAAAGAGAUGCUGGUACACAUCUCCCUGGAGCCUAGAACAGCAGAAGAGCAAAGCGGUGGGUUUGAAAGGUUGAAAAAGAAAGGUACUUCAGUUACCACUGGUGCUACCACCUGGCUUCAGCAGUGGUCAGCAACAUGUGUGUGGUGGGUAAAGCAUGGAGCAGUAUAGAUUCAUUUAUUGUAAAUAAAGUACACAUUUUCAUUUUUAGCCAAUAUAUGUCUGAUCUAGGUAGAGCAGAAAGCAAUUAUUCUGUGGCAGAGAGCAGCCUUUCUUUAUUAACACAUAUAAUUAAGUAAAAAAAGUUGAGGGCACAGGAGUUUGCAAACAGUUCUCAGUUCUCUAUUCUAGCCCUUUACCCUGUUUCCAGAUCAGUGGGAUGAUCUCCUUGAAGAUGCUGUAGUUUAAUGGGGGUGAAGGGGUGUUGGUCAUGUAGGAAUCCACAAGCUUGAUGUUUUCUACACAGGUUUCUCUUGUCUGUCUCUGGAAUUGUUGCAAGCUGUUCUGCAAGAAUGAUUUUUUUCUGAAGAACUCUGGGAGAAGCAGGUUGCUGCUGUAGGGAGGGCAUUUCAAGGAGACUUUCCCUUCCUUGUGUUUUGUCUUUGUGGCAAACUGUUUGAAACAUCUGGCUAAACAGCACUUGUCACCAAGUUGUGAAGAAGAGUGGUUUCUCUAAGGCAUUUUAGACCUCUGAAAGUUUUGCUGUUUGUUUUUUUUUCCCUCAACCUUUAGAUAAUGUGCCUUCAUCAUUCAUAUCUAUGAAGAUGUUACUUGCCACACGUGUGUGUCAUUUAAGAUUUUCAUGGCUCUAUGAGAAAUAUGGUUGCCUUUCCAAGUGUAAUUGCAUUGGAAAAAUAUGCAGAGCCACCAGGCCACAGUUUCUUACAGGUGGAUUUUGUUGUGCAGGGAAUAAAAGGCCAGGAGACAGUGCUGAAAAUCUAGAGACUAUUUUUAUUCUUAAACUUAUAACCACUGGCCUUUUGAGCAAAGUAGCCUCUAAUAAAUCUUCCUUUCUCUAGAUUACUUCUGCUUCUAUGAGGAAUGGUCUCUGCAAAGUAGUAUCUAAAAUGACCCACUCUUUUUUUUUCCUUCUCUUUUUAAAAGUUUUAAUCCUUUCCUAUUUUUUAAAAUGUUGGAAUGUAUUAUAUAUAUUUGUUGUUGUUGCAAAAUAGCUGGCUCUAACACCACUUGCAUAUAGAAGAAAAUGUAUCUAUUUGCAGGCAAAUAACUAGUUUUACUUUGACUGUGAUGUACUCCCAGCAGAUAUCUGAGAGUGAGUUAUGACUACAUCUUCUCUUGUCAGGUUGUAUGCUGGUCAACAAUGCUGGCACUUUGCAUCAGAUCGAUAUAGAACCCCCAGUAAUAUUUUACAAUGCAUCACAUUUUGUGUUCCUGUUACUAUUAAAAUCAAACACAAAAACAAAACUGUGGCAGCAGUCAAUAAACACUGGGUCGUGUUAAAUGUC